UUAAUUUGUGACUUGAAACUUUUUGUUUUUUUUUUUUUUUAUUGUAAAGGGAUGGUAGAUACACAGCCCUUGACCGAUGCUGUCAACACCAUUGACUUGUUACAAUCCAUUUACUUUGACCAAGAAUUCGAGUUUGAUACAGAGACAGAGGCUACCUUGUACAAGACUUUACAAACAUGCUGGGAAUCCGACACUUGGGAUGAACUACCACCCGUUUUACCUCCCACCCUUCAAUUCACCAUCAAGGCACCGGUUGAAUUACCCGAGGAAGAAGAUAUUCUAUUCCAUUUGAUAUUUCAAGGCCGCAUUUCGUUGGUAAAUAUAAAGGACUAUCAACUCUCUUUACCUGCCUCUUCUAACGGUGGGUGGUUAUCGCGACAACAACAUCAAACCCUCUUGGAACCUUUCCUUGCUAUGCAAGCAGAGAAAAACGACGAGGAGGAGGAGCGAUCAACACAAAUUAUUGAACGCAUGCAACAUUUACAAGACUUGGCGGAACCUUUGGCUCGACACUACGUCAAUGAAAAAAAGGCACAAGCUGUCACUGCCAACUUGGCCAAUGCAGACAACGGUCCACUUCGUUUCUUGCGAGAAUGGAUUUGGUUUCCCAUGAUUUACACGCGAGAAAAGAGAGGAGAUAUUAUCGAUUGGGCACCAAAAUAUGGUAUCACGGGUGUCUUGGUUCCUGGUAAACCCGGUAUGAUGUGUUUAGAAGGUACCGAGAAAAAAGUGGUACAAUUCAUUAAUGAUAUCAAGACCAUCUCUUGGGCAAGUAUACCUGCUGGACAUCGAAAGAUGUCUUCUCGUUGGAAACAAGUGGUUGAAUGUGAUAACAUGGCUAGAUUGAACGAACAACGUUUGUUUCAGGAUAUGGCUGAACUCAAGUUUGAUAUUCAUGGUCCGUUUGGUAACAGAAAUAGUUUAAGUUUGUUGCAGGCUUGGAUGCAGGAAAAAGGGUGUGGUGAGGCUUUUGAUCACUUGUUUGAGUAUGAUAGUACGCCAUAAAAAAAAAGAUAAAAUAAAAAUAAAAUAGAUUUUAGAUGCGAA